CAUAAUUAAAAUAAAUAAAUAUCAAAUCUCUUCUCAGUCCUCAAUUCUUCUGUGCAUUAACUGUAUGUUUCUGUUCUUCUUUUGCAGUGCCUGUCUCUGUCUCUGUCUGAACGACACUUCUAAUAGACCAUCACUCCUCUCUUAUCUCUUUCCUCACCAUUUUUCUUAGGUUUUAUUUAUUAAGCCAUGAAUGUUCUCUAAAUCUUCCCCUUUGUUUUGGGUGUUUCCAUUUUAUAAGUUUUCUUUCUUAUUGAAACGUUUAUGGAAUUAAAGGGUGAGAUAUUAAAAUGGAAACUUAUUUAAAUCCCCAUUUUUUAUCUUAGUUUUGCUAAAACCCCAUCCAAAGCUUGAAACUUUAAGCCUAUCAAGCGUUUAUAUCUUCAAACUAUUGAGACAUUAUAAGCGAAUCUAACUCCAAAGUUAAGUUUUGAGCUUCUGGGUCUUUUCUAGAGAUGUCCCACAUCGAUUUAGAGCAAGGAACUCACCGCCGCGACGGGAGUGACGUCAGCUCCAGGGAGGCUAGCGUCUGCUUCUCGGAAGCCGACGAGGGUUCAUGCUACUCUCAGUUUUAUUCCACUGCAGGUGGUUCUUACGACGAUUACAGCUUCACCGAGGGAGAGAUUGACGGCGGCGCCUCGGAUUCCAGGAGGGUGUCGGAUUGUUCAGUGGAGGCGGAGAAUGAGGGAGGAGUUGCUGAAAUCAAGGUGCAUUUGGCCAAAGUGGAGAAAGAUUGUAGAAUUUGUCAUUUGGGUUUGGAAAGUAACAGCCGUGAAUCCGGGGUUCCUAUUGAAUUGGGUUGUUCUUGUAAAGAUGAUCUUGCUGCUGCUCAUAAACUUUGUGCUGAGGCAUGGUUCAAGAUCAGAGGAAAUAAGACUUGCGAGAUUUGUCAUUCUAUUGCACGCAAUGUAGUUGGAGUGAACGAGGGUACGGAUCAAUCGAACGACACCAACAGUUCCACGACAACAGCUGCAGUCCCAGGACCAGCAGCUCAUACAGACACUCCAAGUUUCUGGCAUGGCCACCGCAUCCUCAAUUUUCUCCUUGCUUGCAUGGUAUUUGCAUUUGUGAUAUCAUGGCUCUUUCACUUCAAUAUGCCAUCAUCCUAAAAUUCGGUACCACAUGUUCUUGAACAAAAUCGAACGAAUGAAACGGAGAUGAAUAAUAAUAUAGUCUUAGAGAGUUCAACAUACCCAAUAUAUUAAAAAUAAAAUUUGAAAACCUGUACAACUAUUCGGGUUUUUCUUUUUUUGCUCCUAUUGACUUCCAAAUUGGUGUUAUCUUUGUUGGAACGUUUCAUGGGCGUCACUUUCCACCCUUAAGCUUAAACAGGCAAAAGGAAAUGGAUAUUAAAGCAGUGGGGACACUCAAGAAAACGCAUUUGGCCUUUUCAUUCAAGUAAGACGAGGCAGUGUCUGGCAUAGACGGUUGUUUGAUGACACCAUGGUCCCGCCAUCAAUGAACUACAUAAGACAGACAAGAUUCUUUUGUCUCUUAUCUUCUGCUGUUCUAAACCUUCAAAAAUCUUGCCUCCCUGUAUGCCUCAUUAAUGCACAAGUGGUCGACUUGAAAAGGGUAUUACAUUAAUGUAGCAAACAACCAAGUAUAAAAUUGUAAACAAAGGCCUUUCCCAGUGCCAUUUUUGUGGA